AGCGUUGCGUUCAGCGAGCUUCGAGUUUAGAGGGUCUCUCUCUAUCGGGGUGACAAGUCAGACAACGAGAACAACCGAAGGGGAGUAGCUGCCGUGUGAAGAAAAAAAUUUAAAAAACACACACUUUUCACGGUUUCACCGCUGGAUACGUAACUCGCUCUGGAGUUGGAUUAACUUAAAACCCGCCUUUUUUAGUUUUUGUUUUUAAUUUGCUUUAGAAGACCGCCACUCACCGAAGACAAUGGGAUCCCAGGCAUCCAAGGGAGAGGUGGCCGCGGAGGCAAACGCUGCCGCCGCUGAUGCUGCGGCUGCCAAAACCAACGGACAGGAGAACGGUCACGUGAAGACCAAUGGCGAUGUCUCUACAAAGCCCGAUGGGGAUGCUGCAGCUACCAACGGCUCUGCGGAGGCCGCCAAGGAGCCUGAAGCCGGUGCGGGAGGUGACACUAUCGAACCGGCGCCUGCUGCAGACGGAGAGGCUGCGAAACCCGAGGGCGAGGCUGCGGCCAAAGAAAGCACCAAAGAGAAGAAGAAGAAGAAGUUCUCCCUGAAGAAGUCCUUCAACUUCAAACUGAACAUCAAGAAGAGCAAGAAGAGCGAGGCUGUGAAAGAGGAAGCGGCUGCCGCUGCCCCCUCUGAGGAGAAGCCUGCUGAGAAUGGAGCCGCUGCUCCUGCUGAGGAGAAGAAGGAGGAGGUGAAGGAGGAGGCUGCUGAUGCCGCCGCCGCUGCCUCUGCCGCUGAGGCUCCGAAGGUGGAGGAGGGGCCGGCUAAGGAGGAGGCCCCCAAGGAGGAGGCCAAAGAGGCAGCUGCUCCUGCCCCCGAGGCCACGAAACCGACAGAGGAGAGCAGCUCGACCCCCGCUCCGUCUGAAAAGAAAGAGUGAUUGUACGUUUAGCUCACAAUGAACUGGGUGAACUGUUUUUCAAGAGAGAGAGAGAAAAUUUAAGAGUAUAUAUAUAUAUAUAUAUUUAUAUAUAUGUGUAUAUGUAUACAUAUGUAUAUGGAUAUAUGUAUAUGUAAAUAUAUACACAUGUAUGUGAGAGACUCCUUCGACGUGCCACUUUUUUCGUCAUGAUAACAAGACGACAGACUAGAUUCACUAGAUCACUUUCCUGGUUACUGCUCGACAUCUGAACCUGGACUGAGUUUUAGGCUGCGGGUUUGGUCGCUGUGCGUGGGGAGGGGGGUUGGGGGGGUGGAUUUUUAAUGGCUAGCUGGCCGGCAAAUGACACCAUAAAGUACCGAUGGAUGACGAAUGGAGGUCGAAGCAUCUUUUCCCUUAAAAAUCUACAGCUCAAGAUGCCUCCUGCCGAAGGAACGACGCUAGAUAAGAUACUAGGACACCACCACCACUUGAAAUGACUGUUAAAUAGAAGAAGAAGAAGAAAAAAAAAAAAGAAAUCAGAAAAUUAAAGAGACUUGCCAACUUUUUACAUUCCUAUAUUUUAACCCAAAUUUGAAGUAUUUUGUGGUGUAUUAUAGAGAACCAUCUUAAAGAUUCAGAGAAGCUAUGUCUUGUUUGUUCAAAGAAAAAAAAAAGAUAGACGACUUUGAUUUUUACCUUACUAUGAAAAAAAAAGAACACUUAAGCUUGCUAUGUUCACUGUUGCGGUUUGAUAUGAAGCAGAGUUGUUUAUCUGUCGUGUGUGAGCCUGAAUCUGCUUUGUCUCUGUAAAUAAAUUGGAUUGAUUUCUGUUCUUUAUUUUGCUAAUGUUGACAGAUGUUACUGGUUUUAUUGUAAAGUUGAUAAUGGUAAAUAAAUGUUGGUUACCUGCCUGUUG